AUGAAGCAGCAAAUACUUCGACUCCUCCAUCUGUUCGCUGCAUUUUCUCUUUCUCACAGCGAGUCUGUACUCUUCGAGAAUGGCACCAUUAUAUCUUUCAAUGAAACGAGCGGUUCCGUAGAAAUACUACGCGACCACUCUCUCCUAGUUGUCAACGAUACCAUUAGCGCAAUCUUCCCUACGAACUCAACAAGCUCAAUUCCAGCGGAAACUACUCGAAUCUCGGUUGAAGGAGACAUACUGUCCCCUGGCCAUGUCGACACUCAUCGCCACGUUUGGCAAACCGCUCACCGCUCUAUCGGUGGUACUGAGCUGGUCGGACUCUGCGAAGCUGUCAAUGCAGGAGUUACAACUGUCGUGGAUCAUGCAUCCGGAUCUUUCACGAGUGACAUUGUCAAUGCAUACAUCCAGGCUACCAAGGACAGUGGUAUCAGGAGCAUCUUCGCAUACAACUUGGGAGGCUACGAUACCGUAUCUUUCGACGAACAGGUUGAGCAUUUUAAAACAUUGAUGACGGAUAAGACUCUGACUGGGAGUACUGUCAGUCUUGGUAUCUCGUAUGAAAGAUGGACUUUUGGUAUAGAAUCGGAAAUACAAGCCAUUUCUGCGUUGAUGGGUGAGGUUGACAUUGCUGUGCUCGAGACGCAUGCGGUUGGCGGUGUAUACGCAACAGAAAACAACCCGUCUGUACUGUCACAGAUACAACUGGCCAACGGAACGCACCUUCUGAAUACUACGGUGCCCGUCGUGUUCGUACACGGCACAUCCCUCACGGCCACAGAUUUGACGUUAUUGCGCACCUACAAUCAUUACAUGGCGUAUGCUCCGGAGUUUGAAAUGUCGCACUCCCGAGAGGUGGGCCAACAGCAUCUCGCCAUGGACCAAGCAUCCCUCAGUGUAGGCACACAUUAUACAAACAGCGGCGAUAUGAUCACCCAAGCAAGGAUCUGGCUCCAGAAUGUUCGCGAGCGUUUGAUGACUCACCUUACCACCGAGGAAGGAAUUGUGGCAAAACGCAAUCCGAUGUCUACCAAUCAUGGCUUUUUGCUGGCCACAAGGUCCGGAGCUCAAGCUAUACGACGCGAUGAUCUUGGUGUGUUGCGUGUUGGGGCCAAGGCAGACAUUGUAGUAUACGAUGGAAAGGCGCCGGGAAUGCUGGGUUGGAGCAAUCCUGUCACUGCUGUUCUCUUGCACUCCCACGUAGGACAUGUCAAACAUGUCCUUGUCAACGGAAAGAUUUGGAAAAGAGAUGGCCGGAUUGUGCACCAAGGGUGUCUGAGCACCAAUACAAGCAAUAUUGAAGAAGGGUUCCUCAAGGCUGCCAAAACGGUCCAGCAAUUCUGGAAUGAGAAUCCAGUGUCACUGGAAGGUGCAUUUCUGACGGGUUACAGUUAUGGUGGAAGGGAUGAUAUGGACGUUGUUCGAGGCCCAGCGACUGGGUAUUGA